UAUACGAACUGUUAUGGUACCCAUUCACAAACAGUUCGCCUGCAGUUCUGGAACUGUACAACCUGAACUGAAGAUUCAAACUUUCUCAGACCAUACACUAUUCAGUUAUUUGAAACGACGCGGCCUGCAGUUUUGAGACUGACAGGUUCUGAACUGCAGGAAAACUGUGCCUUCUCCACUCACACAAACAUUUUGUCAGUUCUGAUCGGCCGAGAGAACAACAAUGGUGUUAAUUAAGAUGUUAAGGAAAAAAACCUCGCAGCACUUCUUGUACUAUUAUUAUUGCAAGAGCCAAUAACAAGGGCAAAAAAACCUUUUUGAGUAAAAGAUUGGUUGUUGCAACGUGAUACAUUAUCUCAUAUGACAUUAAUGCGAAAGUUGAGAACCAGUGCCACAAAUGACCUUAAUAACUAUCUCAGAAUGGAUGAUAUGUGCUUUAAUGAACUUUUAUCGAUGGUGAAGCCAUUCAUAUCAAAGAAAAAUACAAAGAUGAGGAAAUCAAUCACAGCCGAGGAACGAUUGAUAGUUACCCUUCGAUAUUUGGCCACAGGACGAAGUUUGGAGGGUUUAAAAUUCUCUGCAGUUAUUUCACCUCAAGCUCUUGGAAGAAUAAUACCAGACACUUGUCAAUGCAUUUAUAAGGCCUUAAAGAAAAAAUAUUUGAAGUUCGAGAUGAGGACUCAAUUGAUGGUGUAACCUGAUUUUCGAGCAAUAAAGAACUGUUUCCUGGUACAGUUGAAGAAUGGCAGAAAAUUGCACGAGAUUAUAACAGUAGAUGGAAUUUUCCUAAUUGUGGAGGCGCCAUCGAUGGUAAACAUAUCAAAAUAGUCAAGCCCGUCAACAGUGGAUCGUACUACUUUAAUUAUAAAGAAUAUUUCAGUACUGUGUUAAUGGCUAUCGUGGAUGCGAAUUACGAAUUUAUUUAUGUAAAUGUUGGAUGCAAUGAAAGAAUAUCGGAUGGAGGGGUCAUUGAAACCACAAAAUUCUCUGACAAGUUCUUGGAAAAAGCACUUAAAUUGCCCUCCAAUGAGACAACUAUUAACAAAAUGAAUUUUUUUUUGUAGCAGAUGAAACGAAAAUAUUUUGAAACCAUUUCCAGAUAGAAGUAAAGAACAAAGAAUAUUCAAUUAUCGCCUUAGUCGAGCUCGUCGCACAGUAGAAAAUGCUUUUGGAAUUAUAUCCAAUAGAUUCAGAGUGUUCCAUACAGCAAUCCAUAUGAAGCCAGAAAAAGUUGACAAAAUCGUAUUAGCGGCAGUGGUGUUGCACAACUUUCUGAUACGACAUACAAACAAUUAUACGUACAUUCCUAAAAAUUACGUUGAUUUCGAAGUCUUAGAUACUGGUGACGUACUAAAAGGCGAUUGGCGCAAUGGAAUGAUGCUCGAUGGUUUGCAGUCCAUUCUAAAUCGACAUUCAUCCCAUGAAGCUAAAGAAAACCGAGAGAUGUAUAAAAAUUAUUUUUCAGGUUUCGGAACAGUUCCCUGGCAAGAAAAUUUCUCAUAAAAUUAAUUGUAUGUAAAAAUAAACUGAUAUGUUGCUCGUGC